AUGCCUAUCGGCCGGGCAUACGACAAGACGAAGAAGAAGAAGAAGAAGAAGAAGAAGAAGGAGGAGGAGGACUGCGCAUCGAGACGCAACCCGUCGCAUCACCCCCACCAGCCCGUCACGGCCUUGGUGCUUAGCCCAAACAUGAGCGAGUUGUCAUUGGUCGUGUUCGGGAUAGUACAUACAUAUAGUGCACAGCAAGUCCCGGAACGCGGCCGGGGGGACGGGGACCACUGGCUCUGGCACUGGCACUGGCAGAUCGCAGGCGUGGGCGCACGGGCCAGCCGGGACCAACAAAGUGGGAUUGCCUUAGUGAAAGUGAGGGAGGCCCUGAAAAGGGAAGGGGGACUCGUCAGCUCGUCGGGCGUGAUUGGCCAAGACCGGUCCAUCCGCUGUAUGAUCCGCCAAGAGGAUUGCGCAGCUCCAAUCUGGUGA